CCACCACCCCCUUUCCUCUCCUUUCGGCUAUCAUAUCUCUCCCUCUCCCCGGGGAGAGCAAGCGAGGGAAGGGACCAGGCCAGCCCAUAACUAACAAAACCGACACGCAAUAAGAGAAGAAGCAAAGAGAAGAGCCACCCGCCCGCCCCCACCACCUUUGUGCCGCAUGGCUCCGCGCCGCGGAUUCCCCCUCCUCCUCCUCCUCCUCCUCCUGCUGCUGGCGGUGGCCUGCACCACCAACUCGUCGGCCCUCAACACCGUCGGCUCCGAGGCCGUCGCGGACUUCCUUGCCGCCAGGGGGGAUGGGAGGUGUGACGGGCUUCUAGGCCAGUGCAUCGACGAGGACACGGAGAUGGAGACGGAGACCGGGAUCAGCCGGCGUGGCCUGGCAAGAGCCGGCGUCAGGCACAUUAGCUACGGCGCGCUCUCCAAGAACCGAGUCCCGUGCAACCGCCGAGGCCGGUCGUACUACAACUGCUCCAGGGGGAAAAGCGCCAACCCCUACCGCCGUGGCUGCAGCGUCAUCACGCAGUGCCAGAGGAUCUUCAACUGAUCAGCAACCAGUAGAAGCGAACAAGAUUUUUAUGAAAGCAGCAAUGAGCAAGGAAAGAAUAGCGGGGAGAUCUGGUUUGGUUAUUUUUAUUGUUCCGAGUCAGUACUGUCCAUCACGAGGUCCCUAAAACUUUCCCUCCUCCCCGUGAAUUGUCGUAACUUCCAUUCCAUUCCAUGCUAUCCAAUUUGUUCACAGGACUGGUGCUGUUAUUGCUGGCCCUACUAUUAUACUAAUAUUACCGUCGUGUAUUAUUUCAUGUGGCUGUAAUAAGAGACCUAGCUAUAGCUGGCUCUUAUCUUCUCUCUCUCUCUCUCUCAACUCGUUUCCGUGAAUGUUAUGGAGAAAAUAUGUAUAUGAAGCUGCAUGGAUGAUCUGGUUUCUAAAAAUUAGCAUUGAAGCAUGGACCGCAUACCCACAUAU